GGGGGGGGGAGCAUUCAGGCAGGCUCCUCUUUCAACCACCUCAGGAACUGGUCCGAAAGACGAGGACAACAAACACACAGUGGCUACCAGCUGGAUAAGGGAAGGAGAGAAAAGAGAGGGCAUUGAAAUCCACAGGCAUGCAAAACUAAAAGUUGCCACAGUGAGACUGUUUCCAGGUCAUAGUGGAGUGGGAGGAGACUGCUGCUCUUGUUUUUUCUGCCAAACAACCUCCUCCUCAUAGCUAUAGCCUAUUUUUUUAUUUUUUCACACUGACAUCUGCUUGUUUAGCCUGAGGACUGUUCUCCCCCCCCCUCACCCUCUCUCUCAUAUCUGCCAUUAUAUGCUCUGAAAUAAUCAACACACUUAUCAAACUAAUGAGAGCACAGGCGAGCAGAAACGACUGAUUCUCUCCACGUGAGAGGGAAAACACAAUCUGGACUUUUUUUUUUUUUUUUUUUUUUUUAUGUUUAUGUUACCUUGACAGCAACCAGAGAUCUUGGCUGCCUGUCCCAUUUUCCUCUGCCGUGGUUCGGUAACCAAGCGAUGGCCAUGGUGAGCGGGGGCUGGGGAGAUCCCAAUGGGGGCACAAACGGGCUGGGGGACAAGAGCUACCUGAGGGGGGAGGAGGAGGACGGCUCUCCCCAGGCGGGGGGCAGCGACAUGGAGGCCGGAGACGACGACAAGUCCUGCGUGGUGGACUGCGUGGUGUGCGGGGACAAGUCCAGCGGGAAACACUACGGCGUGUUCACGUGCGAGGGCUGCAAGAGCUUCUUCAAGAGGAGCGUCAGACGCAACCUCAGCUACACUUGCAGGUCAAACAGAGAGUGUCAGAUUGACCAGCACCACAGGAACCAGUGCCAGUACUGUCGACUGAAGAAGUGCUUCCGUGUUGGCAUGCGCAAAGAAGCAGUUCAACGCGGUCGCAUCCCACCCCAGCCGAGCCUCAGCCCCUCCAUCACGCCCAUAGGUGGCGCCAGCGGCCUUGGAGGCGAGUUCUAUAACAACAACAACAAUGGAGGAAGUGGCGGAGGUCAGCCGGUGUCAGAGCUAAUUUCUCAGCUGCUGCGAGCUGAACCGUACCCCAGCAGUCGGUAUGGACACCAGUACAACCAACAGGCCGGUCCAGAUAACGCCAUGGGGAUUGAUAACAUCUGUGAACUGGCUGCCAGACUACUCUUCAGCACAGUGGAGUGGGCCAGAAACAUCCCUUAUUUCCCUGAACUGCCUGUGUCAGAUCAGGUGGCCCUGCUGAGGCUGAGCUGGAGCGAGCUGUUCAUCCUCAACGCAGCCCAGUCGGCCCUGCCACUCCACAUGGCUCCCUUGUUGGCCGCAGCUGGCUUCCACUCCUCUCCCAUGUCUGCCGAGCGUGUGGUGUCCUUCAUGGACCAGGUGAGGGUGUUCCAGGACCAGGUCGACAAGUUGACCAGGCUGCAGGUAGACUCGGCAGAGUACAGCUGUCUCAAGGCCAUCGCACUGUUCUCACCAGAUGCCUGUGGUCUAACAGACCCAGUCCACGUGGAGUCUCUGCAGGAGAAGGCUCAGGUGGCUCUGACAGAGUACGAGAGGAUGCAAUACCCAAGUCAGCCUCAGCGCUUUGGACGCCUGCUCCUGCGCCUCCCUGCCCUGCGCGCCGUUCCCGCCAGCCUCAUCUCGCAGCUCUUUUUCAUGCGCCUGGUAGGAAAGACACCCAUUGAGACGCUGAUCCGUGACAUGCAGCUCUCCGGAAGCUCAAUCAGCUGGCCGUAUGUCCCAGGACAGUAGCCCCCUGAUGGACGAGGUCUCCGUCUGGGAUUAGUGACGACAAGGACCCACAGGAAACCUCUUGACUCAUCACUAUCCAUCUGUGUGGUUAUGAAACUGCAGUGCCAGCUGGCCGUCAUAUGUACUGUACUGUAACCGCUCUAUUCCCCCUCAUGAAACGAGCCCUCUGUCUCCAUGUGGGCCUCCAGUGAAGAGACAAGCUAGUGCCAGGCUGGAUCUGUCUUGUUGCCAGCCCACUCGUUCUGGUGCCAGGUCUCAGGCCAGAGACCAGCUCUUCACGCUGGGCUCCGAUAUGGCCACCACAGCCAGUCAUGUCACCACCCACAUGCCAUAGUGACUAAAGACGCCACAGUUUCAUGUAGAGGGCAGCAGGACCCUGCUACAAAUACAUCUAGAGGACAAAACUGUCCCGCCAAUGAAAGUCAGCAGAAGAGUUUUUUCCCACACUGGGCUCAUUUUUCCAUGGCUCACCAUUUGUGAUACAGUGAACUUUUUAUCCACACAAUUGAUAAUAUAACAAUACAGUAUCAUGAUUAUAAUGGAUCUAGUUAAACAGUCUGAAGCGUCAGGAAGUUGCGGUUGCGUGGUGAACUGACACUACACGAUACAGAACAGGCCUCCUUGUUGAAGAGAAAAUUCUGAAUUCACCUCUCUCAGCACUGAGCAAAAAGCCAAGGAACUGAUAAAAUGGAACAGAAAGAAAAAUAAAACCAAGGAAAAAUCACCAAAGUCUAUCAUACCAUCCUCAGAGAUGGUUUUUAAAUAGAAUAAUUAGUACACAAAGCAAAGAAAUAGGGAUGAACAGACUCUUGUGACUACCUGACCAUCAAGUGAACAAUGCAUUUACAUUUAUUCACAGGGCUCACUGUUGCUGUAGUUGAAGAAAAAAAAUGACAUGAGAACGGACUAAUACCUCACUAGACAUCAGAAUGCUUUAGUCUGAUAUUUCCUAAACACAAACCUCUGUAAAUGUUGUUCACCAGAAACCGCCUUCUUUUUGACAACUGCCUUGUUAUUCCGUAUGAAUUUGGGACACCUUUGAAACAUGAAAUGAGUUUUCUGAGCGUCACAAACAUUUGUCUUGAAUCUUUUUGAAAACAGAUCCCCAGAUCCCCAAACUGUUUUUCACUUGUGUUUUCAGUAUGAGUUUUGACUGACUGGAUAUGGUGAAUUCAGCUAUUGAACAUAGUUUGGAUCAAGCUUUUUUUUCAUUGAGGAACGGCAGGCUGACAUCAACUCGGGUUCUAGUCAAACAAACUAUUCAAUAAGAAUUAGCUCAGCAAAUAUAGUUGGUGAUGAGAGUUUAUAACCAACACUACCAGUUAAAUACCAGUUUAUGUUGAUCAAUGCUGUUUCUGGGGGUAAUGAUCCUUUGAGAAAUGUAUUGAAAUGUGUAUAUAUAUUGAAGCCAACUUUGUCUUUUUGCAUGUUCAAAUGUUGUUUUGGAUCUAAGUUAAGAUGCUAAGUUGAGACUGUUUCAUUCUUUUACAUUAUGUAAUUCAAGAUUCAUUUAAACAUCAAAGUAUUGCUUUCACUGUUAGCUCCUAAAUGUUUUUUUCUUAAUGUAUUUACAUGAAAAUACCUCUGUCAUCUGUUCAGAUGUCAAAAAAGAAGCUUACCUUCAUGCCAUUACAGCUAGACAGUAGAGAUAACCACGCUCUCAUCUCUAAGCAACUGAGUGAGUCUCUACUGUUUUGAAUGAUAUGUGACGAUACUGUAAUGGGUGAAAAUCUGGUGGAAAAGCUGCACUUGGAGGAUAUCAAUGCCAAAACAUCACACUACCUGUGACGAGUUAAAAGAAGAUGGGCCCUGAUUCGCUGGUCCAUCAGGAUUUACCUCACACGGGUCACAAGAGGCGAGUUUACAAAACGACAAAAUCAACUCUAAAUACAACAUAUUUCAGCAUAUAGUGAUGAAAAACAAGUAGAAGGAUGUAACUCUGCUUCUUGAUUUACCACCGGGCCUUCUGAAAGUUGAACGUUUGGAUAUUCUUCUUUUAGGCAACAACUCAUACAAUCAUGUCGUCGGGGAAAAAAAAAAAAGAGAUAGAUAUACUAUUAAUGUUUUCUUAUCUUUGUGUUACUGAGUUUUUAAAAUUUCAUGUGUAUGGCAACGUUAUUAAAAGAAUCAAAAGAUGACAGUGUGUCUUUUGUUAUGUUUUUGUUUUUUCAAACUACUUGAAAAAGUGUUGUAAUUACAUCUGUAUGAAGAAUGCCAAAUAAACACUGCAACAUGUA